CACUCUUUCCGCCCGGACACUCUCCCACAACCACCUCACCUCUAGUCCCGACAACAAGAACCCACCAUGUCGCAUAUGGCGAACCCGCUGGCCACGCCGGACCAAUUAUUCCAGCGCCGCUCCUACGGCUCCCUCCCAAUCGAACUCCAAGACACCAUCUUCUUCGCGACACAAUGUCUGACCCAGGCUGCCGGCCUCCUUCUCCAGCUCCCCCAAUCCGUCACCGCACAAGCCAAUGUCUUGCUGGCAAGGUAUUGGCUCGUCGAGUCGAUGAUGUCCCAUGAAUUCAGCGACGUCUCCGCCGCAAUCCUCUACCUCACCGCCAAGCUCUCCCCCCACCCCCGCUCCCCGCGCGACCUCAGCAACGUCUACGCCUACCUCCUCUCGCCCACCACAACGUCACUCUUCCACACGCCCACCACCCCACCACCACCCAACACGCCCGCGGCCCAUUACCGCUCCGAAACCGCCUACCAGGCCUUCCACACGCGCCUCCUCACCCUGGAAGCCCGCGCCCUGCACGCCCUCGCCUUCGACACCCACGUCGCGCUGCCCCACGCGCUGGCCGUCACCUACCUGCAGGCGCUGGACUUUUUGGGUCUAGUUGGAAAGAAGAAGGAGGCGCUGGGCGCCCGCGCGGUCGCCUAUCUCAAUACCGCGCUGCUGUCGCCGCAGAUGCUGUACCUGACCAGCCAGCCGCAUGCGCUGGCGGUGGCGGCGGUGUAUAAUGCGGCGCGGGAUGCGGGGGCCAAGAUGCCCGAGUGUGAGUGGUGGGAGGUGUUUGAUGUGGACCGGGAGGAGUUGGGGUUUUUGGUGGUGGGGAUGCGGAGUGUGGAGGGGUGGGGGGGGAGGAUUAGGGGGGAGUUGAGGGGGAUGGGGGUGGAGAGGGGGAUGGUGACGAGGGGGGUGGUGGAGGGGGAGUUGAGGAGGAGGGGGGUGGUGGUGGUGGUGGGUGUGGAGGGGGGGAAUGGGGAGGAUCCGGAGGAGGAGAUGGCGCGGAGGAUGGAUGAGAAGAUGGCGGAGAUGGAGGCUGAUGUUUAG